UUUUUCAUCCUUUUACCUCAGAUCACCACUGCUGUAGUUAGAAAGGUGUGGAGACUGACCUUUGAUGCUGCUGUAUUGUGGUUUGAAAUCUGUUUGACUGUAUGUGUAAUGUCCUACUGCGCAAGCGAAAAUGGGUAAUGAUCUGUCCAAAGCAGUAGAGAAACCUGAAAUCAUGCAAACUGACUCAGCGAAAGCUAAGUCAAAGACAAAACAUCUUUCUGUAGAAGAUCAAAGAACUAACGUGAAGUUAGAUGGUCAACCUGUCAUUGAUACGCAGCAUGCCAGAGCAGGCACACACACAUACACAUCUGACCAGAUAUCACAAUUCAAAGCAAUGUUUUCGCCGCAUGUGCCAGCUGGACUCAUCGGUAGACUGAAAGGAUGGGAUUUCGUGUUUCCGUUCACUUCUCUUAUGUGUGAAUGGACGAGUGGCAUGUGGCCGUAUGAGGGAGCAUUCGAGAGAGAGAAGCUGCAAAUGGCUGAGAUGAAUGUUAACUCUAGUGUUGGAAAUCCAUCCUGGGAUUUCAGAUACAUGAAUGAGUGUAUGCAAGUGUGGUUGACUGUGGCCCGUGAAAGAUGUGGUGUGAGAGUGCGUGACAAAAGCUGCGAGAUUGGACCGGAUGAUUUAAGAAAGAUGAUUGAUCUGACUGCUAAGUGUGUUACUGCCUCUCAUAUGCCUGUACUAGAAGCUAAGUUGCAAACUAGAGCUUUAGAAAUGGCUAAGAUAAAGCAGCAACAUGUUGAUAAUUUGGAAAAUUGUGCAAAAGCUAUGAUGUAUGGCUGGGCAAAGCGCCAAGCCAAAAUUCCCGCUCCUCGUGAUUUGUUGAAUAUUUUAGCCGAGGUCGGAAUAACACUGCCGGAACAACAAAACAAUGAAAAAGCGAUCUCCGUCUUUCCGCAACUUUCAAAUACAAGGCCCUCUUGCAAUGCUGAGAUAGAUGAACAACCAAGCACAUCACAAACUAAAGCAGAUGACGAGUUUAUCCUAAUAGCAGCUGCAGUAGAAGAAGAAAGGGUCAGAAAGGCCACUGAACAAAGGAACAGACAGAGACAGGCCGCUGAAGAGAGGGCAAGGCAGGCUCAGGCAGCCGAAAAUAGGGCGAGAAAGCAACAGGAAGAGAUGGAGAGACAGCUCAGAGAAAAAGAGAGAAUCAGGCAAGAAAAGAGAGAUAAAGAUGAGAGGGACAGAGAGACGGCAGACUUAGAAAAACUAGUCAAGGUCAGACAGAGACAGGAGAAGGAAGAGAGCAGACAGUCGAGUGAAUCAGACUCGGAAGGAGAACGAGCCAGGCCCAGAGAGGAGGAGCCUAACACAGACCUUAGUGACGAGGAGGUCCAGGCUGUGAAACCAAAAACAAAGCAGGCUGUUUCUGAAACACACACGAGACGAAGGAGAGGCACAAUGAGAGGAUAUCUGACUAGGAGUAGCAGAGUUACAGAAACCCACAGAAAAAUAACAUCAGAGACCCCUAUCUCAGAAGAAUCACAAGCUUCUCCAAUAAAUGCUCCUAAAAUAAUGAUUGGCAGCACAGCAGUCUGUAAACCAUGGACUCCUUCUGAAAUCAUAGAUAUGACAAGCAGAGCUCCCAAUCCAAUUACAAGCCCAGAUGAAUAUUGGAUUUGGCUAGAACAAGUAUGUACGGUUUAUAGCUGUCUGAUACCUGAUGUUCAACAAUUGGUCCGAUUUACAUACAAAACCGAAUGGAUCAUGUGUAAAGAUGAGUUUGUUUUCCCUGAAGCUGUUGAGGGUGGCCAGUGGCCCCCAACCAAAACCUUGACUGAUUGGUUAAAUGUGGAAGCAAAAAAUGCAAUAACCAAAUGUGCACGAAAGCGUGCUGACUUUUCAAAGGUAAUUCACUGCGUUCAAGAAGCAAACAUGGGAUAUCAAUGCUGGAAUAAAGCGAGAUGAACAUGAAUGUCUCAUGGUGCAAAUUUUUGUGCAAAAUCUAAGACCGAAUGUUCAAGCCGCUUACAAACUAUCAGUCCUUGACUGGAGCACCAACGACUGGAAGUCAACUAUAAACAAAAUAAUGGCUAUGCAUAGGAAUGAUGUUUUCUCCACUGGUAAUAAUGCUCCUAGCUCAAAACAAAUGAUGCAGUAUGUACGACAGCAGGGUGGUCAAAACAAUAACAAAAACAGGGAUAAUCCGAAACGUGGAAAUUGUCACAAAUGCGGUGCAGCGGGACAUUGGGCUAAAGAGUGUAAGAGCGGUCGUCGUCGUCGGAAUAAAUCCAAUAACCAGAACCAACAACAAGCCACUACAUCAUUUCCGGCUCUACCCGCUCCACAAGCGACUACGUCAUUUCCUGCUCUUCCAGCCCCACCCACACAAGCUGCUUACACGCAGCCAACAUAUUACAAUCAAGCAUAGGGAGGCCAUGGAGGGGCGGGAUCAGAACAACCAUUUCAUAUUCAAGCUGCAACUAUUCAACUUUCUAGUAAUCCCGCCGAAGACCCGAUAAUGCCCGUUCAAGUUAACGGAAAUACCGUUGAAAUUUUGGUAGAUAGUGGAGCAACUAUUUCUACUGUAAAAACUGCAGAGCAUGUAUGCACACCUACAUCCAACUUUAUCACCACUGUUGGUGUUUCCGGGGUUCCCAUUGCGGAACCGUUAUCUCAGAGGACUAAAAUAACUGUUGAAGGCUCUGAAGUGAUGCAUUCUUUUCUGAUAUCUGAUAAAAGCCCAAUUAAUCUCAUGGGGAGGGAUCUGCUUUGUAAACUGCAUGCUACUAUUCAGUGCACCCCGGAUGGAUUGUUUUUGACCCUCCCUGAUGAAAAAGCCGCUCUAGCAUUUCAGUUUUUGCAGAGUACGGAAGACAGUUUGUAUUGCUGGGAAUUGAUAGGUUUUAAUAUGCUUCCCAGUUUCACUGUUUCAGAUAUUCAGAAAAUCGCCAAAUCAUCUCCAACAUGUGCAACAUUGAUGUCUACAAUGAGGCCUCUUUUGCAUUGUCAUUGUACUGCAGCAUUUAACCCUUCUGAGCAGUAU